AUGGAGACUGUGUCCCCCACGAAUACCACAUCUACCUGCUGCGAGCUAACCUUUGAAUGCCAGCGAUUUCGUCCGCCUCCAUUUGGCGCCUUUGCCGCCGAUCUGCUCGACACGGGCCUGGUCCGGCCUCGGUCUUCGCACGGCCCAACGUCGAGUGGGCCUCAACACCGCCGGCCGGCACAUGCGACGACCAUCGCCGGAAGACGUCGCAUAGAUCCAAGAGGAGGAUUGCCAAAGCUGUCUCUACGUCAAUACCACAAUAUGGGCGGAUUUCGCCUCUUCGACCCUUUCGUGGGAGUAGCCCGCGCCAAUUCCUGGCAGCCGACGGAGCAGAAGUAG